UAGGUCAAGAUAUAAAUGGAACAAAACAACUUAGACGUGACGUAUUUCUCUGACACCAUCGAGACUGCUGGGCUCCCGCUUAUCAUGUCUGGAAGACUUGUGGCAAUUGCUGUAGAUGCGAGCGAACACAGCGAAAAGGCAUUUGACUGGUUUAUGACAAAUGUUUAUCAUGAUGGCGAUCGACUGCUUGUGGUACACUCGCAUGAACUGCAGCCCCCGGCUUUGCCUCAUAUGAUGGCCACGGAUGAAUGGCGCCGUGAAGUUGUGAAACACGAAAAUAUUAUAAAAGAACUGGAGAAGAAAUACGAGAAGAAAUGCAAAGACUUGAAGUUGUCAGCAAAGAUUGUUGUAGAAGCUGGCUCUCCUGGAGAGAAUAUCUGUAAGGUUGUCAAGAAGGAGGGGGCAACUUUUAUCGUGAUUGGCUGCCGUGGUGUGGGAACAGUUCGCCGCACCAUAUUAGGAAGUGUGAGUGAUUAUGUCGUUCACCAUGCCCACGUACCAGUGAUAGUGGUACCAAAGGAAUAGGGCGAACAGGCGACUCGCAGUACCCCCCUAGAGUGAGUUCCAGAUGCAUUUUAAAGAUAGAGGAGGUUCUCAGCCCAUUUCAUUUUACUCUUUGACUUUUGUAAAUAAGUAUACCGAUCGUGCGAGAACAACAGUGUUUGGUAUUGAAUUAGUUUGGUCAUUUAAGGCCUGACUGAAUUCUCCAAACAGAAUGAAAACAUACUAUUCAAUUAUGAACCCAGCUAACAAUUUUAAACAAGUCCUUUGUCGUACAAGAGGUCUUAACAUAUAUAUCAAGAAGUGUUGGUCAAGGAAAUGUGAUUAAAAUGUGUAUACUUUUAUCAGAUAUUCAGUGGAAUAUGUGUGGUUCAGUAAAAGAUUUGUACUGUAAAUUAAAACACGUUCUUCAAAAUAAAAUUGGCUCUAUUGUUUUGC